GGCUUUGGAUAGGAAGUGCAAAGAAAUGUGCUCAUUCAUUCAUAGUCACUACCAUGCAGGCAGCUGAGCCGGGAUCAUCGGAAGCUGGAACAGCGACAUGUAGAGAAAUAAUAAAGGAGAUCCAGAAAGUGUCUAAAAAUGGACUGAAGAAUAAUGUGCCUCGGCGAUAAGUAUAACCAUCACCAUCAUGUUCCCGGGAGUUUUCUAUGCAUUACUAGCGGGUUUCCUCGGAGCCGUGGCAUCGUCGUCGGCCAAACUGUCCCUGGGAGCCGACUAUCUGAAAGGAGUCUGUGAAACCGGACUCCGGACGUGGGGUGAGCAGCGGAAAUUCAGACACGCGGAUGAAACCACAGCCUGUGACAGGCUCCACAUCCCUCUGAGGCUGCUGUGUGGUGGUCUUCUUUUCACCUGCAAUGCUGUGAUGUGGACCUUCCUUGCUAAAGCACUCAGGUACUCCUCUUCCUCUACCCGCACCACUGUGACCACCACUGCCUCCAAUUUCGUAUCUUCCGCUUUCCUGGGCCAACUGAUCUUUGGGGAACCCCAGUUAACACUGUGGUGGGUCGGGAUCUCUUUGACCUUUUCAGGUCUGUUGGUUCUGCAGAGGAUUUCACCACAGGAUAGACAUCAGACAGCAGUCACGACAAAGGACGAAUAGCAUGUUGUCUCCACUAGCUGGCUGAGCUGUGCUUGGGCUAACACCUCCUAUGUUCUAAAGCAAAGCCAAAGACAAAAUCUGAAAACAGAGAUUUUAUUGAACACAUUCGCUCGUUAAUAGCAGCCCAAGUGCAUAUGUGAAAAAGCUACAGCCCUUAAGUGAAAAAAAGAGGUCUUCCAGUCAUAUCAAAUAAACCAACCACUCCCCUUCAUCCAUGCAAAAACCAGCUCUAAAAUUAAGGAGAAUUAUGCCAUUAGAGAGAAUCUGCUUCUAUGGCACAGCUACAGUCUUGCUUGUGGAGAUAAACAAACAGAUGCCCGGUUCCAGCUCCUUGCAAGCUCUUAAAUCAUUAUAUAAACAGGUUCACACAGAAAGGGAAUAUCUUUCCAGCUAUUUUUGAUGCAUAAUCUGAAAACCAUAGCACAAAAACCGUAAGGUAAAAAAACUGACGGAACAAACAGCAUGAUAUUUUUGGAGUGGAAACUAAAGACUUUGUCAUUGGUAGGGGAGCAGAAGUCUAUAUCAUUUUCAUGUUUUUGGAUGAAACAGUAGGCCACAGUUAUCUGGAACAAUGCUGCAGUACAUUUUAUUUCCAAAACUGAAAUUUAAGUUAAAAUAAACUCAGUAGUCUCUGAAAUAAAAAAAAUACUAUUUUUUUCACAGCCCACUUUCUUAAAAUCCAAUAUAUCUGCCACAUAUUCAAAGGGCAUAUAUGAUCUAAUGUACAAUUCUUAUUAUUUUAGUUGUUUCCAGCCUUGUAGUUGAUGAUAGAUACACUAAUCUUUAUGUCCAACAUUGAGAGAUAUUAUAAAAAUAAAACACAUGGCAGCUGAGGACCUCGCCAAAGCGGAUAAACAGUGCUGGUGUUUUAUUUAGAAAGCCAAACUUGGUGGUCAUGCAGAAGAAAAUCAUUCCAGCAAAGUUUCUAGCUUGGAUUUAAGUGCAUAAAAAGACUUAUUCAUGAAGGAGGAUAUCAGAUAGUAUUUUUAUAGCUUGGGGACCCGAAAAAACCCAAAGUUUCCUCAGCUGUAGGUUACUGAUUUUCUUAAACACAUGAACCCCCUGGUGUCCUUGUUGUUUUUUUAUUUGCUGCCAAGAAGCAGCCCUUCAGUUUUAUAUAUCAGAAACCUUGGAUCUAGAUAACAAAUUGUCACCCAUACAUUGGACUCAAUUACUUUAUAAAGUCAGAAAUAACCAAAGUAAUCCAAAUGUGCUUUUAAUUUUAAUUUUAGGUAGGUACCUUCAAAAUCAAUACAAAAGCAGAUUUAUUAUUUUGGUUUUAUACUUUUAAUUUGUCUUGGAUUUAUGGCUUUAAAGAUUAGCAAAUUAACAAAAGAAAAUAAAAAAAUGGAAACAAAGAAAAAUAGUUAAUCUCCUCACCGAGAAAGUUAUUCAUAAAUGAUACUUGCUUUCCAACUUUUAACACUGUAACAAGCUAUAACACUGUUAUGAACGAAAAUACUUCAUUUUUGUUCUUAAUUUUAAGAGGGGAAGAAUAAAACAUGAUGCCUUGAAUACAGGGAUUGUAAUCCGGGCUAACCAGAAGAAACACUUCUUCUUUGAGAAGAUUUUUGAACUUCUUAUACAGUAAAACAUUAAUGUGUCUUUAACCAACUAUUCCAUGAAAUUUCAUUUGGGCAUAGAGAUAAUAUCAUUGUUUUUAUUAGAUAAAAUAAGUGCAUUACUUUAAUUUGGACCUAUAUGUUUAGAUGUAAGGGCCACUUAAGGUGUAUUAAAAAUAACAGUAGGCACUGUUAGGUCAUAUUGUGGUUUAUAGACUGAUGUUUGACGUAUGAAACUCACAUUUUGGAGAUCAAUAGUUUAAAAAUCAAAUAUCGUAAGGAGGAGCUGAGCAGCUUUUUUUAAACAGCUAACAUGUCCGAAAUGGUGUUUUAGUCACAAAGAAUGCCUUCCAAAAACUCUGCUGGGUUUGCUAUAAUUUUUAUAGAAUUUGACGUAACACUGUACAAUUUGGGGCUCGAAAAGGAUAAAAAGUACAGUUUUAAUCCACAGUGAAAACAUAUAACAUUGCUUGAAACCAGUUUGUGGUCCAAAGAUCAAUGGAAAAAUUAAGUAAAGAAUUUUUUCAGUACUUCUGCACGUGUUUUGCAGGUUGCAUUUGGUUGUGGGUUUUAGCUCUAAACCCUUUUUUUUUCUAUCAUAACAAACACAUUUGUCAUCAGAGUUUUAAAAUAGCACAGUAUGCAACUGGAUUUAAAACUAAAAGUGCCCAGACUAGUCAUACAGAGACCCAGUCUGAUGCAAAAUUAAAUUAAACUCAAUAAACUGCAAACUUACAAAGAAAUGAGCUAUGAAGUGUGAUGCUCUACAUUUAACUAGUGUUAAUUAUUAUAUUUUUCCCACCUCACCAUUGGCAUUAAGCAAAAUGAUUCAGAAUAUUGUGGGUUCUCUUAUUUUCAUUAUUUAACCUAUCAUUGGUUCUGUAGAACAGCUUAGUUGUUUUUCUCAGAUCCAAGCAUAAAAAAGCUACUAUGAUGUUGUGCAUUCUCUGAAGGCUACAUAGCCAAUCAUGUCCUCAAGCAGAUCAGUCUGCUUAAGUUUUAGUCUGACUCAGUUAUAUGGUAUAAUAUCCCGUUCUAGAUCAUUGUGAUCAUAGGCAAACCUUUGUUCCUUAUUUUAAAAAGACAGCUUGGUUUUAAACAUUGAAAAUAUAAAUGACAUUUCAGCUGCUUUCUGCAGAUUUCCUUCUAACAGAAAAAGCUCUUUUGGCACAGCAGCAUACAGAAGUCACAUGAAAAAAAACAAAGGAAGCUGCAGCAACCAAUGCAGUCUCUAAUUCACUUUUAAACAUUGUCAUAAAAAGUAAAACAACAUUUGAAUUGUCAGAGAGAUUCCAGAUUUGUUGCUCCAACAAACUAAUGUAAACGGCCCAAAUAAAUGUCUAAAUUCUACAAAGUACGCGACCAUGUAGACUGACUAUUUGUUCUAAGUGUUUUUGAUCAACAACCUUGAUACCAAUAAUUUAAAAAUAUUGUGAUUGGUACAUUGCUAUUUGCUUUAAAUACUGUAUAAAAUGAAUUCAUACAGUAUGUGCAGGAGCAGGAUGAAACAAUAAAUGUGCAUACAUACAGUAGGAAGUUAAUAUGACAUACAACCAAAUCUUGAUGCCAAUAUGAUCAUGAUGACUGGGCAACUCCUUAAAGUCUUUCUUAAUUCCCACUUUUCCUUUAGUUACCAUGACACUCGCUGUAAAAACAUGCAACAGGCUCACUGCAUUUAUUGUACAGCUCAGUUUAAGUAACAUUCCUGGCUAACAAAGUGCUCCCUUAUUCUUUAACAACUGUAAUAAUGUAGCACUGCAAUGCUCAUCCUUUGUCAGGAUUUGCUUCCUCUCUGGGUUUCUAUUUUGUUAUUACGUAUGCUGUUUAUUACUUGAACUUUAUUUUCUGCAAAUGACUGUGAAACAAACUGUUUGAUUCUAAGGCAGCUGCUGCACUUCAAUCAUAUGAUGUGUGUGUGUGUGCAUGUUUUCACCAAAUGCUGGAUAAAUCACACCAAAGCAUCUUCGAGUUAAGCAUCAAUCAGCAUCAGAGUGAUGCACCUGUGAAAUAUUUUUUUGAACUCGACGGGGACCCAUUGUCAGCUGCGUGCACAGUAUAUGCGACCAUCUAUAAUACCCUUCGACAUAUAGUGUCUCUGAUUUUGGGGUGGGAAUUUAGUAGUAGUAUGUUUCCUUCAGCAGCCAAAAAUGAAAAAAAAAAAAAAAAAAAGAAACAAGUAAUGCAUUAUGAAAAAUACCAGUUGUGAUGUCCUUCUAUCCUGCAUGUCUCAGCUGCCUGUGGUUAAAGGUGGAGAUCACUUUAUGAAAUGCUUCUGUUAAUAAAAAGCACAAAUCUAAAACAAUUAGAUUUGACUCAGUUAUGGAUGCACAGGUUUCAUCGAACAUUCUUUAUUUUAACCCUUUAAAGCCUAAGGUAUCAUAUUUGAGUUUUUGAGACCUCUGUAACAUCAGUUUGAUGUUUUUGUUCUUGAAAUCCUGACUUACACAAUCAGACACACGCACUAAAUGGAAAACCUGUAAAAUAUUAUACAGAAAUGCCUGUAUAAAAUUUGACCCGAAUAAAUGAUCUAAUUUCACUUAAACAAAAUGUAUGUUUCUUUUUAUUUCAUUUGUCAGGAAGUUCAAUCAUGAUUCUAAUUUUAAAAAAUGUGAAAUUUGUGUCAGUUAUUUAUUGGUUCAGGCUUUAAAGGAUUAAUUUAGGAGGACAGCUAUCACACCUGGCUAUGAAAUCCUGCAGAAACAAUGCACACAAUUAGAUGUCCUUCCAAUGGUUACUGUGCAAGUUUUAGACCUAGAUAAAAUCCCUGUUAAUGUGACACAGCAACAGUCUGAUUAUAAUGUUAGGUUGUUAUAUUUAAGGCAAGCCAAGACAUUAAUCAGCUCUACUUGUUUCUGUCUCCUGUUUGUUCUAUAAUUCUUAUAGGCAAUACCAUUAAUAGACCACUUGCUAUUACUGGUGUGGGACACGCUUCACAGUGCUGUAAAAGUUAUUUUCUCACAUAUUUUUCUGUUUUACGUCAGUGUUUGAUCAUCAGAUCAUUUUGAUAUGACUCCGUUUGCCCAAGUUAAUGCAAAAUGUACAGUAGUUUUUAUAAGGAUUAUGUUUAAGAAGUUAAAAGCUAUUGCUGGACCUGAAGGAAAACUGAAAUGUUUAUUAAGCCUAUUAUUUGGUAAAUAGUGUUUAAGUGAAAGAGGCAUCGCAGUUAGAUCACUAAUUGACUGACAUUUUUAUUCCACGCUUUCUGCUAGACUAGAAUUCAUCAAUAAGGGGAAGUCGUCGAUGUCCUGAACCAGAAAAGCAUGUAUGUUGUGUUCCUUUUACAGAUCUUUGAAACCACUUUAUGUUGCAGAGCAAAUUCUGCUUAAGUGAUUUCUUGAUUCUGGUGAAACUGAGGGAAAUAUGAGACUAAUGUUGACAAAGGAUUUCUUGUUACAACAAUGGUUGAAGUUCAUUCAUCACUUUUGGAAAGGUUGAAUAAUAAUAAAUAAAGUCAUUUUCGGAAAAAG